AUGGGGAAGAACCAAUCCAAGCUCUCGCCCGAGCAGCUCUCGGACCUGCAAAAGAACACCUACUUCGACAGGAAGGAGCUGCAGCAAUGGUACAAGGGCUUCCUCAAGGACUGUCCGUCCGGAACGCUCGACAAGCAGGAGUUCUGCCGCAUCUACAAGCAGUUCUUCCCCUUCGGUGAUCCGUCGACGUUCGCUGAAUACGUCUUCAAUGUGUUCGACGAGAACAAGAACGGCACCAUCGACUUCAAGGAGUUCAUCUGCGCACUCAGCGUCACCUCGCGGGGAAGGCUGGACGAGAAGCUGCGAUGGGCCUUCCAGCUGUACGACAUUGACGGCGAUGGAACCAUCACCUACGACGAGAUGCUCACUAUCGUGAGGAGCAUCUACAAGAUGACGGGUCAGAUGGUCAAGUUGCCAGACGACGAGGACACCCCGGAGAAGAGAGUGGACAAGAUCUUCCGCAUGAUGGACCGCGACAAGAACGCUCAGCUCUCGUUCGAGGAGUUCCAAGAGGGAAGCAAACAGGACCCUACCAUCGUCCAGGCUCUUUCGCUGUACGACGGUCUCGUCUGA